UAGAUCAUGUGAUCUCUGUCAAUCGGAAGUGUUCUUCUUGGGACUGCAGUUGACUUGUGUUAAUAUGUUGAUGUGCAUGGUAGGAAAAUAUUAGCCUACCAAGAGAUGAGGCUUCAUCGAACUAAUUUAAUGUAACGGCAAACAGCCAGGAAUUACCGCAUUUCAGUGGAAUACGAGGAAGGAUCCUUGAAGCACAGGGACAUCCUCCAAGCAUCGCUGGGCUAACCAUGGCCUCCGACACUGACAACCGCCAUAGUGGUGUUACAUUUGAUACCUUAAGACCCAGCCCGGGUCUAGUCACCUCCAGGUUAUCAGCAACCCCUUCUGAAGUGGAGGCUUUAUUUCCUCCUCCAGUUCUCCCCCAGAGCCCUGACUCUCAGUACCAGAGGAUCGGAGGCCGAACAGGAACUACGUUUUUCCAGACCCUGAUCCACUUGUUGAAGGGUAACAUCGGUACGGGGUUGCUUGGCCUGCCCCUGGCUGUCAGGAACGCAGGCCUCGUGUUAGGACCUCUCAGUCUGUUUGCCAUGGGUGUAAUUGCAGUCCACUGUAUGAACUUGCUUGUCAGAUGUUCCCACCACCUCAGUGUAAAGAUGAAUAAGCCCUUUCUGGACUAUGGGGAGGCAGUGCAGUAUGGUAUGGAGAAUGUCUCAUGGCUACGACGUCACUCCAUAUGGGGAAGGCGGAUAGUGAACUUGUUUUUGAUCAUCACCCAGCUGGGUUUUUGCUGUGUUUACUUUGUCUUCCUCAGUGACAACGUCAAACAGGUGGUGGAGGCUUCUAACGGGACGACCAUGAACUGCCACAACAACCAGACGGCUGUGAUCGUUCCCAGCUUCGACUCGCGUCUCUACAUGCUGUGUUUCCUCCCAGCCAUUAUACUCCUGGUGUUCACCCCCAACCUGAAGUACCUGGCUCCCCUGUCUCUGGUGGCCAACCUGACCAUGUGUGGUAGCUUGGUCUUCAUCUACUACUUCUGCUUCACGAACAUCCGAUAUCCUAUCAACCUGCCAAAGGUGGGAAGCGCCAGCAACUAUCCUCUCUUCUUUGGAACGGCCAUCUUUGCUUUUGAGGGAAUAGGAGUGGUUCUGCCCCUGGAGAAUAAGAUGCAGAAUCCUGAACGUUUCAACCUGGUUCUGUAUCUUGGCAUGGGCAUCGUCACCUUCCUUUACAUCAGCCUGGGAACCACUGGAUACAUCACUUUUGGAGAGGCAAUAGGGGGAAGCAUCACCCUUAACCUUCCCAACUGUUGGAUGUAUCAGAUAGUGAAGUUGCUUUACUGUUUCGGCAUCUACAUCACCUUUGCCCUUCAGUUCUAUGUGCCAGCUGAGAUCCUUAUCCCUCCGGCGGUGGCCCGUGUCUCUGAGCGAUGGGGGCUGGCUGUGGAUCUUCUCAUCCGAACUGCACUCGUCCUCUUCACCUGCGCCCUGGCCAUUUUGAUCCCUCAGCUGGACCUGGUCAUCUCUUUAGUGGGGUCCAUCAGCAGCAGCUUCCUGGCACUGAUCUUCCCUCCAAUGCUCCAGAUCCUGACCUAUCACAAUGAAGGCCUUUCUGCAUGGGUCAUCAUCAAGAACUCCCUAAUCUCUGUGAUCGGAUUCAUCGGGUUCAUCACCGGCACCUACAUAUCCAUCACAGAGAUCAUCAAACGCAACGGCAAACUUGACAAUCUGGAUCUGAACCUGUUCCAGAUCCAGUGAGAGAGAUCGGUUGGGGCGGCGGUUGGUCUGUCAAACCGGGGGUGACUGGUGGUGGAGAAAUCUGAGGACAGGUACAAUUUGAAAAGAUAGCUCCCUCCUGUGAUUUAAAGUGACACCAGCCUCCACUGCUGUCAAACACUCAAACGAUUGGCUGAAGUAAUCCUGGCUUCAGAUAUUCUCUCUCCUGCUUCAUACAUUGCCAGUUGAUAAAAAAAAAAAAGAUUGAUAUGAUAUUGUGUGAAGUGCUUACUGUUAAAGUUGUUGGCUGCUUUGUUUGUUAAUUUUUUUUUAUUGAUUAUAAGUGAAUAUCACCAAAUGUAUUUAGUAAAUGUAUAGGUAAGUAGGGAACACAUUCUGCUCACUUGAGUUUCAUUUUCUCUGUGCUUCUUGAGGUUGGGUGUUCCUAACUUCAUUUAUUACAUUUUUUGUUGUUGACAUUGCCAUUUUGCAAGUGCACCUAAAUGCUUUAUUUCAUAUUGAAUAAUUGAAUAUUUAAUAUUUUAUUAUAUCCGUUGAAUAUUACGCAUUGCACCUAUGUAAAAAAAGGCACCAGUAACAAUCUGUAAUGGAUGUGUUCUUGAAAUGCAUCUUGGAUGUGAUCUAGUUGUUAGAUAACUGGUUAAAUAAAUGGGGUUAGAUAACUGGUUAUAGUAGGUAAGUGACUUGUUAAAUAACAGUUAAGUGCAAUUUUAAAUGAAAUCAAAUUCACUGUAUUUUGUCCUAGGCAUCAGAAGUGAGGAACGUGUAUGUUUUUAACCAGGGCAUGACUAGACUACAUAAAAUGGAAUUACUGAAAGUAUUUAAUAUGAAAAUCAGUACAGAUUAAGUUAACUCUAUAUUUUUCUUUGAUUUCAGUGUUGUCAAAUUAGCAUUAUUUGUAUCUGACUUUUAGCUACAACACUGACAUCAAAAUGCAGUUUACUGAUUACAUCUUGUACAAUUGAGAGACAAAACGUUGAUUUGUAAAAUGAAAGUGAACUGCUGAUAAAGUUUUUAAAUGUUUACAGUUCUUCUUGAAUAAUUGCUGUAAUUCUAAGGAACUAUGGUUGUAAGGACUAUUUAAUGUGGAGGAGUAUCUUUGCCAGUUUCAAAAUGAUGCUAAAUUGAAAUAGAAAAAAUCGGCAUAUAUAUACAUAUAUAUAUAUAAAAUGCCACAAUUUAAGUAAGUGCAACUUUAAAUACAUUAUGGAAAAAUCGAAAUGGCUACUUAAAAGUAGAAACAUCUAAAAGAAAAGUUCAAACAAUGGUUGAAAGGGGGAUAAAGCUAUUUAAAUUACUCUGUGCAGCACAUGUCAUUUUCAAACUGGCACAUUUCUCCCACCAUAAUUUAGUAUAAAGCUGUAUAAAUACUGAUGUGCAUUAUUGUUAUACAGUGUAAUACCAUAUUAUUAUCUCAUGUUGACAGGAUUUUAUGUUGGUGCUUUCACCUUAAGCUUUAUUAUAUUUACCUCAAACGUUGGGCACUGGAUUUAGUGUUCAUAGAUUAUCUAAUAAUGCCAAUAUAGUAAAUGUUAAAGCUUAAAUGUAUCCAAACAGUUUUUUCCAAAAUAAUUCUUAGCUUUACUAGCGUCUAACCCAUACCAAAGUUUUGUGUGAUUGGUCAGAUGCUUCAUUGAGUUCUGAGUACAUGUGUGUUAAGAAGAGAUUGAACCUUCACUCAUGGUGGAACAAAUGCUGCUUGUUAUUACAAUCAUCUUGUUGUAUCGUGACAGAUCCACUGUAGGCUUCCAUAGAUGUUUACGUAGGCUGUCUACAGAUGUGUUCAUUUAGACUUAAUGGUCCUGGUUUAAUAAGGGGUAUAUGGCGAUAUCACAUGGCAUUGGGAGAACAUAUAGGUAUUCUGGGAUUUUUGGCCAGAGAUUGCUGAAAAAGGUGUACUGUAUCAUUUAUGUGCUGAUUAUGUGCUCAUUUUAAAUAAAAAUGUGAAUUAGUAAACACUUGUUUAUUCAUAUUUGCAACAGGAAUGUAUUGGUGAUAGGCACAAAGACUAAAUAUUUUUAGCUAGAUCAAGGUGCUGUAGACAAGGUCUGCAAAGCGCAAACUCAACUAUGAUCCAAUAUAAUUAAAACAGAAUUUUAGAUGAUAAAAUAUUGCUCAGAACUUCAUGAUCAUUUAUACUUAUUUAAAAAGAAAGAAAAAAGGUUUAUGUUUUUAUUUGAUAUAAUCCUAUUUCAAACCAGGAUCGGGAUGUUCCAGUCAAUUCUGUGAGUACCCUAAAAUUCAAAUGUUUCGAGUACGAUGUAAAAAGAAUAGUGUGCCUGUAUCAUCCAUUCAUACCUUAGAAAUAUGAAGCCAAAAAACUGCUUCACUGCCAGAAUCUCAGAUGUAUCCAUUUUAAUAUUAUGGCUUUCGUCACAGCUUUUUCUCUGGUUUUUAUAGAUCUAAGUGAAGUGAGUGCAAUAUUGUACAUUUUACUAAAUGUUUUGUCAUGUAAUCCAAAUUAAAAGACGUCUCAAAAGGCA